AUGCAGUUUGGCACAUUUCGCAUAAGUGGGUGGGCCGACCCUCAACAACACCCGCCCCGGAGCAAUCCAGACAGGAGGGUGAACCGCCUGAGAGAGUUAGAGUGCAGUAUGAGCUGUAUGAAUGGCGGCAGCUGCCGAGGGGUGUCCUGUCUGUGCCAGAGAGGCUACACGGGCACUGUGUGUGGGCAGCCCAUCUGCAACCCUGGCUGUCAAAAUGGGGGUUGCUGUAUUGGGCCCAACCUCUGUGCAUGUGUGUAUGGCUUCUUGGAGUCCCACUGUGAAAAAGACUACUGGACAGGGCCCUGCUUCAGCCAGGUGGGCCCUAAGGAGUGCUACCACUGGCCAGUGGGCCGGUUCACCAAGGCACUCUGUUGUGCCACGAUGGGCCAGGCCUGGGGCCUUCCGUGUGAGCCCUGCCCCACACAGCCCCACCCCUGCCGCCGAGGCUUCAAUCCCAAUGUCUACACAGGAGCCUGUCAAGAUGUGGAUGAGUGCCAGGCCAUCCCAGGGCUGUGCCAGGGUGGGAGCUGCAUCAACUCUGUCCAUGCAGGUGUGGAGCACUGCCUCAGUGUGCCAGCCCGCUGCUCGUGGGCACCUGCAAGCACAGAGCAGGGGGCUACGUGUGCAUCUGUCCCCCUGGCCUGGUCAGCAGCCCUGACAGGGCCCAAUGCAUGGUGUGCCCGGCGCUUGCCAGGCACCAUCACCAAGGCUGAGUGCUGCUGUGCCAGCCCCGACCACAGGUUCGGGGACCCCUGUCUGCUUCCUGCCAAGAACUCUGCGGAGUUCCAGGCCCUGUGCCCCAGCGGACCUGGCAUCUUGGCGGAUGGGCUAGAUGAGUGGGACAUCAAUGAGUGCGCUCUGGACCCAGAGGUCUGCAGCAAUGGAGUGUACGAGGACCUUCCUGGCAGCUACAGGUGCAUCUGCAACCUGGAUUACCAGGCAGGCACCUCUGGCUGCACGGAUGUGAAUGAGUGUGCCCUCAACCCCCUCCUGUGUGACAAUGGGCAGUACCAGAAUAGCCUGGGCAGCUACAGCUGUUCCUGGCAGGGCUUCAGCUUCUGGCCAUACACAAAGACCUGUGAAGACAUAGAUGAGUGCCUGUCCAGUCUAUGUGUGCAUAGCAUGUGCCGAAACCUGGAGGGCUCCUAUGUGUGCGAAUGUGCCCCUGGCAGACAGCUGGGGCUCUCUGGAAUGGUGUGUGUAGACAGCACUAAAGGCACGUGCUGGCUGCACACCCAGGAUGGCCACUGCGAGGUGAACCUACCAGCCUAACUGCGAUCUGAAUGCUGUGCCACCCUGGGGGUCGCCUGGGGGAGCCCCUGUGAGCGCUGUGAGACCGACCCCACCUGUGCACAUGGCUUUGCCCACGUGAAGGAUCUCACCUGUGAAGAUGUGAACGAAUGUGACUCCUUCCCCAGGGUGUGUUCUAAGGGGUAGUGCCUUAACACCAAAGGCUCCUUCUGCUGCCAGUGUCCCCAGGGCUUGAUGCUGGAUGCCUUUGGCUGGCUGUGUGUGGACAUGAGGCUGGAGCCAUGUUUCCUGCAGUGGGACAAAGAUGACUGUGGGGUUCCCCUGCCUGGCAAGUACCAGAUGUAUGUUUGCUGCUGCUCCAUUGGGGCAUCGUGGGGAGCUGAGUGUGAAGCCUGCCCCGAGCCCAACUCCCCAGAGUUUGCCAGCCUGUGUCCUGGAGGGCCAGGCUUUGCCAGCCAGGACUUCCUACCUGGCCGGCCCUUCUAUAAAACCAUGAACGAGUGUAAGGCCUUCCUAGGGCUCUGUGUGCAUGGCACCUGCCACAACUCUGUGGGCAGCUUCCACUGCUCCUGUGCUGAGGGCUUUGCCCUGGACCCUCAGAAGAGGAACUGCACAGACAUGGAUGAGUGUGUCAUCUCCCCUAAUCUUGGCCAAGGCAUCUGCAUCAACACCCCUGGCAGCUUUGAGUGCAAGUGUUUUCCAGGCUACACAAGUGGCUUCAUGCUCAUGAAGAACUACAUGGGAGAGUGGCCUCCUGACCUAGAUGAGUGUGUGAGGGAGCCACUGCUGUGCCACAAAGGCAGCUGCACCAACACGAGGGGAGCUUCGAAUGCUGGUGUCCCCUAGGCUGACAGCCCAGGGCACCACCUGCGAAGGUAUGUGUGUUAGUGUGACCAUGUCGACGAGUGUACCCUGCGGGACGGCUUGUGUCCCCACGGCCAGUGCGUCAACCUCAUAGGCGCCUUCCGCUGCAUUUGCCACGCAGGCUUUCAGGACGCAACUGAGUCUCAGGGCUGCCAGGAUAUCGAUGAGUGCCAGGUGGGAAAUGUUGACUGCGAGGUGCAGUGCGCGAACACUGAGGGCAUUCGGUGCAUUUGUGGACAGGGCUACACACUGAUGCCCAAUGGGAGGGCAUGCGUGGAUGUGGACGAGUGUGUGGAAAACGCGGUCGUCUGUGGCUAAGGCCAGUGCAUCAACAAGCCUGGCAGACACGGCUGCCUGUGCAACGAGGGCUUCACAGCCACACCUGACCCAGAGACCUGUGUUGAUGUGAAGGAGUGCAACCUGAACCCUCACCUCUAUCUCCACGGGAACUGUGAGAAUACAAAGGGAUCUUUUGUCUGCCACUGCCAGCUGGGCUAUAUCAUCAGGAAGGGGGCCACAGGCUGCUCUGACCUGGAUGAAUGUGAGCUGGGCCAGCACAGUUGUGACAGCCAUGCCUCCUGCCUCAACAUCCCUGGGAGUUUCAGCUGCAGGUGCCAUCCAGGCUGGGUGGGGGAUGGCUUUGAAUGCCAUGACAUGGAUGAAUGCACCACCCUAGAGCAUCACUGCAGCCCCAGAGCUGACUGCCUUAGUAUCCCUGGGAGUUAUCGCUGUGGCUGCUUCCCAGGAUUGGCUGGGGAUGGAGUCUCCUCUGCAGACAGGGACAAAUACGCAAAGGACAUGGAUCUCUUUGAGAAUGGCCACUGCCUCAAUGUCCUGGGUGGGUACUGCUGUGAAUGUGAGAUGGGCUUCAGUCCUAUUGAGGACCAUAGAGCUUGCCAGGAUGUGGAUGAAUGCACACUUGAGAUACUGUGUGUGCCUGGGAGCUGUGGGAACCUGCCAGGCACGUUCCACUGCCUCUCUGAGGAUGGCUAUGAGCUAGACUGUGGUGGCAGUCACUGCACAAAUGUCAACGAGUGUGCAGAUCCUGAGAAUUGCAUCAAUGGACAUUGCAUCAACACUCCCAGCAGCUAUCUCUGCAACUGCCCCCAGGAUUUCAAGCUGAACCCCAGUGGAGUGGCCUGUGUGGACACCCGGGCUGGGAACUGUUUUAUGGACAGGCACAGCCGAGGGGAUGGUGGUGUCUCCUGUAGUGCUGAGGUUGGAGUUAGGGUCACCCGAGCCUUCUGCUGUUGCUCCCUGUGCCGAGCCUGGGGCAACCCCUGUGAACUGUGUCCAAUGGGAAACACAAAUGAAUAUAAGACCCUGUGCCCGGGCGGUAAGGGCUUCCGGCCCAACCCCAAUACUCUCAUUCUGGAAGACAUUGAUGAAUGCUAGGAACUGCCUGGGCUAUGUCAGGGAGGUAACUGUGCCAACACCUUCGGCAGCUUCAAGUGUGAAUACCCACGCGGGUACCACCUCAGUGAAGACACCUGUGUUUGCAAGGAUAUUGAUGAGUGUGCCACACAGUUGGGUGUCUGUGGCCCGGAAACAUGCUACAACACCCUGGGAAACUACUCCUGCAUCUGCCCUGCAGAGUACCUGCAAGUCAAUGGCGGCAACAACUGUAUGGAUAUGAGAAAAAGCAUGUGCUUUCGCUAUUAUAAUAAUGGCACCUGUAGGCACAAGCUGGCCUUCAACAUCACUCAGAAGAUGUGCAUCUGCUCCUACAACAUUGGCCAGGCAUGGAACAGACCUUGCAAAGCCUGCCCCAUAACUACCAGCUCUGACUACCAGGUCCUGUGUGGGAGCCAAGCCCCUGGCUUUGUCACUGACCUGCGCACUGGGAGGCCUUGUGAUAUUGAUGAAUGCAGGGAGAUCCCAGACAUCUGUACCCAUGGCAUCUGUGUCAACCAGGCUGGGAAAUUCCACUGCGAGUGCUCUAUGGGCUUCAAGUACCACAGCGACUUGUUGGCCUGUGAAGAUGUGGACGAGCGUGGCUCCACAGAGAGUCCUUGUGGGAGGAAGAAAUCCUGUGUCAACAUCCCUGGCAGCUACUACUGCGAGUGUGCCCAAGGAUUCAAACAGACACCCAGAGGAGCCUGCAUGGGACAGAAUGAAUGCCAGGAGAUCCCAAAUGUCUGUGAUCAUGGUGACUGCAUGGACACAGAGGGCAGCUACAUGUACCUGUGUCACAGUGGUUUCUAGGCCUCAGUGGACCAGACCCUGUGCAUGGAUGAGAGUGAAUGUGACCGGUUGCCAUGUGGGAAUGGAACCUGUAAAAAUACCAUUGGCUCCUACAGCUGCCACUGCUUCCUGGGCUUCAAAGCCUCACACAGUGGAGACUGUGUGGAUACUGACGAGUGUACCACCUUGAUGGGUCAGGUGUGCCAGUUUGGCCAAUGUGUCAAUAUAGCCGGCUCUUUCCUCUGUAUCUGCCAGGAUGGCUUUGAGCUUACAGCUGAUGGGAGGAAUUGUAUGGACACCAAUGAAUGUAUGAACCAUGCAGAAUCCUGCCUGCCAGGCACCUGCCAGAACCUCCAGGGCUCCUUUCACUGCCUCUGCCCUCUGGGGUUCCAGAUGCAGAGGGAGCACUGUGUGGACAUCAGUGAAUUCUUGGAAGAGCCCAACAUCUGCCCCUUUGGUACCUGUACCAACAGUCCUGGGAGCUUCAUGUGCUUCUGCCCACCUGGUUUUGUCCCUUCUGACAAUGGGCACCUUUGCUUUGAUAUAGAUGAGUGUGCAGAGGGGCUGCAGGAUUGCCAUGCUCGAAGCAUGCUGUGCAAGAAUGCCAUUGGCACCUUUGUAUGUGUCUGUCCCCCAGGAAUGCGGCCCCAGUCUGGAUCUAGAGAUGGCUGCACAGAUGAGGAUGAAUGCCAGGAGCAGCCCAACCUCUGUGCCUCUGGCUGCUGCAUUAACACAAUGGGCAGCAUCCACUGUGAAUGUGACCAAGGCUCACCCAGUCCUGCCCUCACUGAGUGCCAAGACACCCGGCAAGGGCUUUGCUUCACUGAGGUGCUGCAGGCUGUGUGCCAGGUUGAGUCCGGCAGCAAUGAGACUGUGCCCCAGGCAGCAUGUUGCUGUGGUGGAGAUCGGGGCUGGGGGCCUCAGUGCGAGCCCUGCCCUCUGCCUGGCACCUCCACCUUCUGGAAACUGUGUCCCCACAGCUCAGGCUACACCACCGAGGGACGAGAUGUGGAUGAGUGCCAUGUGCUUACCUACCUGUGUUUCCAUGGUGAGUGCAUUAACACCAUUGGCUCUUUCCACUGCCACUGCCAAACUGGGUACACACCAGGUGCUGCUGCCACUGCCUGCCUAGAUGUGGAUGAAUGCAGCCAGGACCCCAAGCUCUUCCCCUUCCUCUGCAAAAACACAGAAGUCAGUUACCUGUGUGCCUGUCCCCGUGGCUACUGCCUGGAGGAAGAUGGCAGGACCUGCAGAGAUAUGGACGAGUGCUCCUCCAGGUACCACAACUGCCAGUUUGUCUGUGUCAACACCAUCCGUGCCUUCUCCUGUCGCUGUCCUCCUGGCUUUACCCAGCACUACCUGGCUUGCUUCGACAAUGACGAGUGCUCGUCCCAGCCUGGCCCAUGUGGCAGCCAAGGCUGCUGCCACAACACUCCAGGCAGCUAUCACUGUGAGUGCUACCAAGGCUUCACCCUGGACAGCUCUGGCUGCAGCUUCGAAGAUAUAAAUGAAUGUGAUGGGCCCCAUCGCUGUCGGCAUGGCUGUCAGAAUGAGCUAGGAGGCUAUUGCUGCAACUGUCCCCAGGGCUUUACCCAGCAUUCCCAGUGGGCCCAGUGUGUGGGUGAAUGAAAUGAGUGUGCAUUGUUACCUAUGGCCUGUGGCAGUGCUUCCUGCCACAACACACUUGGUGGCUUCUAUUGUGUCUGCCCUUCUGGCUUCAACUUCAAUCAGGCCCUUGGAUGUGGAUGUGGCUGCCAGGAUGUGGACGAGUGUGCUGGACAGGACAGCCCCUGCAUCUAUGGCUGUGUCAACACACCUGGUGGCUUCCUGUGUAGCUGACCCCAAGGAUACUUCCGGGCUCAUCAGGGGCAUUGUAUCUCUAGCCUGGGCUUUAGCCAUGAACCCCAGGACACCUCAGAUGAGAACAAGGCAUUUUCAUCUGAGGCUUGCUAUGAAUGCAACAUCAACAGCCUCUCCCCUCAGGACCGGCCACGGCAUAGCCCUCAUGACUACCAGGUCAGCCUCACCACCUUUGACACAGAAGUACACCUGACUUUGAGCCUGAACCUCUCCCGACUGGGCCAGGCCCAGCAUAUUCUGGGGCUGCAGCCAGCCCUGGAGGGCCUGGCAGGUCGGGUUCACUAUGUCAUCUCCCACGGCAACCAGCAAGGUUUCUUCCGCAUGCAGCACCAGGGCAGCCUUAGCUUUCUGCGAGUGGGGUGCCGGAGGCCCCGGCCUGGGAUGUACCAGCUGGAGGUAGUGAGCAUGCCCGAACCCCAGGGUGCCUGGCCAGGUCCAGUGGGCCAGGCAUUGCAGCUCAAGGUGCGGUUGCAGCUGCUCUAG